AUGGAUGAUAACAAUUUGAUGGGUAAAAAUUUAGUAGAUCUUGAUUUGAACCUAGAACAUUUGGACCUACCUCUGAAUUCAGAUUCGAGAUUUGGAUCUAUGUUGAAUGAGUUGGAAACUACCCAUGGUAGGAUAGAGGAAAGGAUUAGAGAGCUUGAAGCUGCCAUUGCUCGUGCUAGUGUAAUGGAAUCGAUCUUCAAACAAGGCAGUGGUUGGGCCUAUGUUCAGGUUAACCAAAGAUACAGACAGUACCACCACUGCUCUGGCUCGACAAACAAUCUCAAAGCGAUUCCGGCCAAAGUGGUGGAACUUUUGUCUCAAGGAGUGGCUUCCUCUCAUGCUAAUCCUUGUACACCAGCUCACAUUCAAGCAAAAGAAGCUGAUGUUCAAGCUCUUACUGAGCUGACUCGCACUCUUGACAAAAAGGUAGCUAUUGUUCUAGAGUUGAGACACAUGAAUGAUGAUGUGUUGGAAAAUCAGAAGGAUGGCGAUGGCUCUUUGAAGGAAUCAGAGCAGUUCAAAAAGCAAUAUAUUUGCAAAAGUAAGCAAAGUGAAGAUUCAAUAUCAAAAUCCCCUGUUCCACAAGAAAAUAGGCCAACAAAGGAAAGCCGAAAAAGAAUUUCAUCGAAAAACUCGAGAAUCCCAUGA